AUGAACAAAGCUGGUAUUAUUAUUUCGCAGAAAACUGAUGAAAUGCAUUUGACUGAUAGCGAAACAAAUGAACUCGAACAGCCUACUCUAAUUAAACCAGCAGUUGUUUCAGUUUGUUAUGAAUUACCCGCUAAAUAUUUAAAAUUCGUUAAUUACGAACCUGAACUCGAUUCAUCUCAAUUUUUAAUUAAUCUUAUUGAUUCAAUGAUUCAUAAUAAUACUUCAUCAAUAUCCGCUCUUUGUUUGUCACUUGCCGAUGGUAUUCUCAUCGUUAUCGAUUGUAUUUCAGGUGUCUGCUUAGCGACUGAAACAAUUCUUCGCCAAGCUAUUCGUCAGCGUAUAAAACCAAUUUUAUUUUUUAAUAACAUGGAUCGUGCUUUGCUCGAUUUAAAAUAUGAACCAGAAGAUCUUUUUCAACAAUUUCAACAUAUUCUCGAAAAUAUCAAUACCAUCAUCACUACUUAUGGUAAUGACAAUAACCAUAUAAAUGAUUUUAUAAUCGAUCCAACCAAAAACGCAGUUAUUUUCGGUUCUACUCUUCAUGGUUGGGCUUUUACGAUAAAACAAUUCGCCGAUAUUUAUGCAUCAAAAUAUGACAUUGAAAAGGAUAAAUUAAUGAAACUAUUGUGGGGUGAUCAUUUCUUCUCACUGAUGACAAAGAAAUGGUCAACAAUUCCAGAAAAAGGUUCUAUUCGAGGUUUUUGUCAAUUUGUUCUUAAUCCUAUUAGCCAAUUGUUCAAAGCUAUAAUGGAUUCAAGAAAAGAUGAAUUUACAAAAUUACUUGAAGAACUCAAUAUAGAAGUACAAGAUGAAUUGAGUAAAGAUGGUAUAUUACUACUAAAACUUAUUAUGAAAAAAUGGUUACCUGUUGAUGACAUUCUUCUUACAACGAUGGUUAUUCAUUUACCAUCACCAGUUGUUGCACAAAAGUAUCGGGCUGAACUUCUUUAUGCGGGUCCGCAUAACGAUGAUGUAUUUUUGAGUAUUCAAUCAUGUGAUCCAAACGGUCCAUUAAUGAUUUACAUUUCUAAAAUAAUACCAACAUUGAAUAAAUCUCAUUACUAUGCAUUUGGUCGUGUUUUUUCGGGUGUUGUUAAGUUAAAUGAACAUGUUCGUAUAUUGGGUCCUAAUUAUGUACCAGGCAAAAGAGUAGAUCUCUAUAUUAAAAAUAUUCAACGAACAGUUAUAAUGAUGGGUCGAUAUAUUCAACCAAUUGACGAUUUAUCAUGUGGCAAUAUCUGUGGUCUCAUCGGUAUUCAUCAAUAUUUAGUUAGACCUGGUACAAUUACAACAUCUGAGCAUGCACAAAGCAUUUGUAUGUUGAAAAAUAACAUAAAUCCUAUCGUAUAUGUUGCUGUGGAGCCAACUAAUCCAGCUGAUCUACCAAAAUUAGUGGAAGGUAUGAAACGUUUAGUUCAAGUAGAUCCUCUUGUUCAAUGUUAUACUGAACAGUCCGGUGAACAUAUUACAGCCUGUGUUGAUGAACUACAUUUGGAAAAUUGCUUAAGAGAUUUGGAAAAAAAAUAUGCUUGUAUUCCGAUUAGAGUUUCUGAUCAUGCGACAUCAUAUCGUGAAACUGUAUCGAAAGAAUCCGACAGAAUGUGUCUAGCGAAAUCUCCAAAUAAACACAAUCGAAUCUAUUUAAAAGCUCAGCCUAUGCCUAAUGGUUUACCAGAAGAUAUUGAAAAUGGUCAAAUAACAUCAAAUCAAGAAAUAAAAGCACGUGCACGUUAUUUGUAUGAAAAAUAUGAUUAUGAUAUAUAUGAAGCACGUAAAAUUUGGUGUUUUGGACCAGAGCAAACUGGACCGAACUUUUUAAUCGAUUCUACUAUAGGAAUACAAUAUCUCAAUGAAAUAAAAGAUUAUUGCGUUAGUGCAUUUCAAUGGGCUACAAAAGAAGGUGUACUCGUUCAAGAUAAUGUUCGAGGUGUUCGUUUCCAUAUUCAUGAUGUUGUAUAUAUUAGUGAUGCGAUAUAUCGUAGUGCUGGACAAAUUAUUCCAACGAUGUGUCGUGUUCUUUAUGGAUCGAUGCUUACUGCUAGUCCAAGACUUGUCGAAGCAAUUUAUUUAUAUGAAAUUCAGUAUCCACAAGUGAUCGCUGGUCAUAUUUAUAGUGUGCUAAACCGUCGUCGGGGUUAUAUUUCUGAAGAACGUCAAAUAUUUGGAACAUCAACAUACGUCGCUAAAGCUUACCUACCGGUCAGCGAGUCUCUUGGCUUUACUAGUGAUCUUUGUUCGAGUGCUGAUGGUCAAGCAGUUGCCCGAUGUGUAUUUCAUCAUUGGCACAUUUCAGAUGAAGAUCCACUCGAUGAAUCAACUAGAAUUCGACAAGUUGUUAAGAGUAUUCGAAGACGUAAAGGACUGGCAGAAAAUAUUCCAUCUCCAAAUGAUUAUCUUGAUAUAUUAUAA